CCGGUCAUCCGUGGAUAUAUCACAAGACUGUCGCCCUUUUUUUUGAAAAAAUAGAAGACAGAGCAUCAAGCAGCAAUGUGGCAGACCCACAGCUUGAGGGCAACCUCUAAAGUGCCCCAUAAGGAUGGCCGCCAUUUGCUGGUUCUGGAUGGCGGCAAGUUCACUUGCGUGUCGGUAUCAAAUGAAAGGAGGUCGAACACUUUCCGGCUCUGCUUUGAUCAGCACUCAAAUACGCUCGCCGAGAGAUUGCCAGCGGACGAUGCUGGAAACGAUCAUGGCAGUAAGAUUCAGCUUCCAGCUUUGGAUAUUGAUCAUCAUUCUGGGGCGAAUGGAGGUGCUUGCUCAGUGGCAACUGAACAACCAAGUGACUGCUGUGAAGUUGAGACGGUGCAUGUCCAUGCACACGUGCAUCACAAGUCCACUGAUCUUACAGAGGAGGUUACCAUGGAGCAGUGUAAGGAGGAAGACAACUGUGCAUUGCCGAUGCCAUGGAGCCAUGAGCAAACAGCAUGUGCACGCAGUUCAUCUGGUGACUCUGAUGAAGAGGGACAUAUGCACAGAGAAGGCUGUGGCCAUAAUCAAAUCCCGCAUGGUGAUCACAUGGACUGGUUAGUUGGACCCUUGGAUGAUGGAUCCUACCUUCUCCAUCACCCCCAUCUGAAUCAGGAUGGGGAGGUGUCUCAUUUUCACGACCAUGGCCGGUUAAUUCGCAUUGGGAGCUCGGGAGGCACCCUGAGACGGCGGCAUCCCCUCCAGGUUCUCACCCUUUUCAAUUACAUAUACCCAGGCGAUCCAAGCAAGGCAGGCUUCCAGCCACUCAAGACCUCAGAAACCGACUGGGAUGGACAGGACAUACAAGAAGUAGAUAGGCCAAUCGAUAGAACUGGACUGGAAAGUCCUCGUUGCUCCCUGCCAUACUGCCUCAGCAGGGCUGAAUCAGCUGAGAACAUGGAUUUGGAUCCCGACAUGGGUUUGGGAGGCUCCGCGAGCUUUUCCCACAACUGCUCGCAGAUGCAUUCGAGGAAUCCCUCUCAAAAGCUGAAAGCCUGCGCACCUUCGAAGAAUGCAGAAGCUGAGCCACUGAAGCUGGAGAAGACAGUCAUGAAUGUCAUGGGAAUAUGCUGCCCUAGUGAAGUACCAUUGAUCAAGAAAAUUCUUGAACCUGUACCUGGUGUUGCUGAAGUCAUCGUGAAUGUUCCGGCAAGGAAAACAACUGUGAUUCAUGACCCUGCAAAGCUCCAGGAUUGGCAAAUUGUUGCACUGCUGAACGAGGCUCAGAUGGAUGCAAGCAUCUUCCGACGUGAUGCCCCUGUGGUUACAAAGCGCUGGCCGAAAUGGAAUGUGUGGGUAUGUGGACUGCUGACUGCGAUCGCUUGGUUCCAUUACAUGUACCAGCCUCUGGAAUAUGUUGGUUUGGGAUGCCUGGUGUUUGGAUGGUUUCCGAUUCUCCGGAAGGCGUUUGCUGCCCUGAAGAGAGGAGUUAUGGACAUCAACUUCUUAAUGUCCGUUGCCAUUGUUGGGGCUGUGUGGAUCGGAGAGUACGAGGAGGCAGGGUCUGUCAUCUUCCUCUUCCUGAUUGCCAACUGGCUUGAAAUGAGGUCAGCUGAUCGGGCACGAGCAGCGAUUGCAUCUGUGAUGGAGAUCAAGCCACAGUCUGCAACCCUUUCAGACACAGGCAUGACUGUACCAGUUGAGGAUGUGAAGGUCGGGGAGCAUCUGGACAUCAAGCCUGGGGAAAUGAUUCCAAUUGAUGGCUCGGUUAUCCAAGGAACCUCGGCGGUCAAUGAGAGCUCACUAACAGGGGAGUCUGUCCCUGUGCCUAAAGAAGAGGGAAUGAGAGUGCUUGCUGGGACUGUCAAUCUGAAUGGAUAUCUGAAAGUGCAAACAGAGUCUCUUUCGGAAGACUCCACUGUGGCCAAGAUGAUGCGUUUGGUGGAGGAAGCACAGAGUCGUUCUUCGCCGACAGAGAAGACGAUUGAAAAGUUUGCCAAGUACUACACGCCUGUAGUGGUGUUCGGGGCUGUGCUUCUGAUAAUCAUCCCUCUGUCAUUGAGGGUCAGACAUGCAUACAAAUGGGUUGAGCUUGCACUUUUCCUGUUAGUGACUGCUUGUCCAUGUGCCCUGGUCAUCUCCACACCUGUUGCAACCGUGUGCGCCAUCACCAAGGCUGCCAAAAUGGGAAUACUAAUUAAGGGAGGCGCUCAUCUGGAAGCCAUUGGAAAUCUAACUCAGCUCGCAAUGGAUAAAACCGGUACAAUUUCGGAAGGACGGUUCCGUGUCCAGAAUGUCAGCCCCACUGACCCUGAGGUUGACGUUGACCAACUCCUUUACUGGUUAUCGAGUGCUGAAUCACGGUCGAAUCACCCGAUGGCUUCAGCUCUGGUUGCAUACGCUCGGCUGCGCGGGAUAGAGCCAUCUGGCAGAGUGAAAAACGUGGAGUAUAUUGCAGGGCAAGGAGUGUCUGCAGUUGUGGAUGACCACACUGUAGAGAUUGGCAACAGUCGCAUGGUGGAACGCAUGAGGUGGAUGAAUGAUGAAGCAGAAAAAUUGGCGACGAGCUGGGAAAGGACCGGAGGUACUGUGUGUUGGAUUGGACUAGAUCAACGGCUCAUCGGGAUGGCAAGUGUUUGCGAUUAUCCCAGAGCGGAAGCGGCAGAGGCCAUACGGAACCUUCAAGCCAUCGGAGUCCGCGUAUCCAUGCUCACAGGGGACAAUGCAGGCUCGGCUCAGGUGAUUCGAGAAAAGAUUGGUGCGCAUGAACUCGAGGUGUUCGCUGAGCUGCUGCCUGAAGACAAAGCCCGCUUGGUGGGUGACCUGAAGGCAAAUGGGAUCACUGGAAUGGUAGGAGACGGGAUCAACGAUGCGCCUGCAUUGGCAGCUGCACACGUGGGCAUUGCAAUGGGGGUUGCAGGGACAGCGGCAGCGAUGGAGAGUGCCGAUGUGGCAUUGAUGACAAACGAUCUUCGCCAGUUGGCACGCUUGGUCCGUCUCGCAAAGAAGUGCAAGUUUAUCGUUUAUCAGAAUAUAACAUUGGCUGUGACGACCAAAGUGCUGGUCUUUGCGCUAGCCCUAUCUGGCUUUCGUUGGCUUUGGAUGGCCGUGCUUGCCGAUGUCGGGACCAGUUUGGCAGUUACGCUGAACAGCAUGUUGUUGCUGAAAGGGAAAAAGACAGCCGGUCACAACCAUGGGUGCAAGAAGUCUUGUGGGGGCCACGGAGGAGGGAAAGACGCAGUGGGAAUGGGGCACCACCAGUGCUCAGCAGCUGGGGGCAAGGAUAUCAAGUGCUUUGGUACUCAGGGGCUGCUGAACAGCAUGUUGUUGCUGAAAGGGAAAAAGACAGCCGGUCACAGCCAUGGGUGCAAGAAGUCUUGUGGGGGCCACGGAGGAGGGAAAGACGCAGUGGGAAUGGGGGACCACCAGUGCUCAGCAGCUGGGGGCAAGGAUAUGAAGUGCUUUGAUACUCAGGAGCUGCUGAACAGCAUGUUGUUGCUGAAAGGGAAAAAGACAGCCGGUCACAGCCAUGGGUGCAAGAAGUCUUGUGGGGGCCACGGGGGAGAGAAAGACGGAGUGGGAAUGGGGGACCACCAGUGCUCAGCAGCUGGGGGCAAGGAUAUCAAGUGCUUUGAUACUCAGGGGCUGCUGAGUGGCCUCAACGAGAAUCAACGAGCCUGCAGCGAUGGCUGCUGCAGCAGAGAAGAUGACUGCUGCGCUGAUGGCCGUUUAUCGAACAAGACAGACUCAACUGCUGAUGCAGCGGUUGCAGGUGGGAGGUGCUCGUCUGCUGAAGAAAGAUGCACAGCGUCCAUGAAAACCAGACCAGGUGGUCCACAGGUGGUAGCUGCUGUAGGUGGUUUGGGUGUAAAGGCUGUACCCGCCUCCACUUAUGGAGGAAGAUGUGGUGUCCUCACCUGUCGACAUUGGCAUGCUGAUGAGGAUCACCACGAUCGCGAACAUGAUCACGAUCAUGACCAUGUUCACCGUCACCAGGAUCGAGAACAUGGUCAUGAUCAUGACCAUGUCCACCAUUGCCGUGAUCAUAGUCAUCAUGACCAUGGUCAUGCUCAUAGCCAUAGCCAUAGCCAUAGCCAUAGCCAUCAUCGUAACCAUCAGGACAAUCAUCAUGAUGGUCAUUACCACAAGUGCAGCCAUGGGGAUGAUAAUCACAAGUGCGGAUCAGGAGUGUCGAGGAACCAAGCUCGGAGUGAAACGAGGAGGCAGAGGAGUGUUGAGAGGCGUAGUUGGUUUGCCAGAACUCAUAGGAGCGAGAAGAGGAGUGCGGAGAGGACGCAUAGCUGCAAGACACCGGCCUUCACACUCCAGGAAGAGGCUGGUACAGACCUUCAAAUUGGCCAAUCGAUUGCUCACAUCGCCGUAUCCGUGCCGUGCUGCAAGGCUGGCACAUGUCAGUCAAGGGCCGCGCCAACUGAGUGCAGUCAGCCUGAAGAUGGCAAGGCCAAAGUGGCAGGUGUUCCUGGUUUAGAAAUCGUUCCUGGUUCUCCUGGCAAGAGAGACUCUUGCCACCAUGACAUCGACAAGCCCAUGGUUGUGGAUCAGUCAUCUCUGAUGGAGUACGUUGUUAAUGUUGUCUAGUGCUAACCUUUUUUUUGUUGUUGAAAGAUGACAUGUUGGCCUGCUAGAGCGCGUGGUAUGAGCACCCCCUCUAACAGUACCUGCGACAGUUUGCUCCGGUCUAUGGGUGGGGAGCUUCACCUGCUGGAAACCAGGUCCACCAUCCCAUUGACAUCCCUAUAAGUCCAUCACCGGGGCCUUUGCUAGGACGCGUUCAGCGAAAAGAGAAGAAUGGACUUGUAUAAAUUUGAAAACUGUAACUUCAACAUUGUCUGAGCUAGUUCAGGCUAUUGAACCACCAGUACCUGUGCAGCUGAGACAAUGAUGAACGUACGGGCCACUACGGAAGCGCUCAAAUUCAUCAGACUGGAAACGCUUCUACUCUUAUCUUUUCUGGCAGCCGAUAUGGGCCAGGCCAAGUACUGGUGGUUUACGCAGCAUGGUUUGGUAGUAUGCAGCUUGUGAAAAGAAAGAACGUUGGGAGUUCACCUCAAACUUCACGAGCCUUUAAAAGGCUUGAAGAUGUUCCUGGUUCUCCUGGCUAGAGAGACCCUUGCCACGUCGGGAAGUCGGGCAUUGUGGAUCAGCAGCCAUCUCCGGCGGAAUAAUAUGUCAUUGAUGUUGUCGAGUGCUUACUGGUAUGCGUCCAGCGAAAAGAGAGGGAUGGACUUGUAUAAAUUUGAAAACUGUAACUUUCAACUUUGUGUGAGCAAUGCUAGGGUAUUAAAGCGCAAGCGCCAGUACACCACACAUAGGCUCCUUUUCUUCUGUGCUCAUUUCCCUGAUCGCUCCUUUCCCCCGUACGUCCUGGCUGAACUAUCAAUCUUGUUAUCCCGACUGCUUGGCGCUCUCAGUCUUUCAUUGUUGAAAAAAAAAAAAAAAAGUGCCUGUGUGGGAGGGGGAAGAUAGUCUUACUUGGCGAGAACAGGAUUGCUAUAGUUGACAUUGGCCGAGUUGAAACCGUCUCUGAGAUUUAAUGUCCUGAUGAAGGGGUGGACAGGAGUUACUCAAGAUUAAGGACGCCAAUUUAGCUGAUUUAGCUUUGUCUUCAGAUCUGACCAGUUGCUUUCCUUAAGUACUUUUUUUUUUUUUUUUUUUUUUUUAGUACUUCAUCAGUACGUACCAAUAGUAGUAUUUUCCCUUUAUCUUAGCUUUUUCCUACUGUUCCCUACUACUCGUCGUGGAACCCAUCUGGUUACAGUUCUUCAUCUUGCGAACUAUGUGGCGGAGGAGGUCGGCUUGUCGCAAGGUGAAGAAGUGUAGAUGGGGUUAUAAGGAAGAGCGAAGGCGGGUAGGGCUCUGGUAGGGCUUGGCGAGUUCUUCAUCUUGCGAACUACGUGGUGGAGGAGGAGGUCGGCUCGUCGCAAGAGGAAGAAGACUUGUCGUGGGGUUGGUAUUGGGGAGACUAUGAGGUAGUUAGAGAGUGGCGGGUCUACCAUCAUCAUCAUCACCAUUUGUGUCAUUUUCGCGUCACGCUCCCACGAGAACCCGCAUCCAGUGUUGGGAACGGCGCGGGACAGGCAGCCUUGGGCCUAACCGGGAGCGCCGCAGUUGUACACACAGUGCAGUGCCGCGAUGUGGGGAGAUACACCGGUUGAGUCGUUCGAGACUGAAUUCUCCUCUGGAACAUGGGGAGAUACACAGGUUCCCUUUUGUUCGUUUGUUUUGUUUCUCUUUUUUUUUGUCGUUUUGGCAGUUUCUUUUUGUUCGUUUCUUUCCUUUUCUUUCUUUUUUCUGUCGUUUUGCGGGUUUGCUUUUGUCCCGCCCGUUGUUGGCCUGAGGGCCUCGCUGCACUACUCUCCAAAUGUGCAAAUGAGACUGAAUCCACUGCUAGAACACG